CUGGGCUGAGUGGGCUCUGGGGUUUUCUCUCCCCCUCACCUCCUUCUCCGUGUGAGAAUCUUCCUCCUGUGAGAUAGAUUCUGCUAACCCCACGGUCCGCAUGACAUGGUUCAGUCCUGUUGUCGGUGCCGAGCCUCGAUGCAUUGGGAUUUCUCUCAGCGCCGAACACCACUACCAAGUGAACCUUCUUUCUAAACCCGUCAAAUAAAACGUGCCAGCUGCCCCCGAACAAAACAAAAAACACACCUGCCAUGACCGCCUCUUUGAACCGGGACGGAACCGGACACAUUACCGGGCACGUUCGGAGGACAGCAUGCAGAUGUAUUAGCAGGCAUACCAGGACCUGGCCAAGGAAAGUGAACGGAAUACGGAUUUUUGAGCUAAUGAAGGCAGGAGUAGCAGCGCACCAUUGGAACCGGGUUCUGUUCUUGUUUAUGGGGCUACUGGCAGCCUCAGCCUCGGUUAAGGGUAUUGAGGCUCAGAACUGCAGUUAUUCUCUCCAGAGCCCCAACGGUACGAUAGAGAGCCCUGGCUACCCGUACGGUUACCCCAACUAUGCCAACUGUACGUGGGUGAUCCUGGCAGCAGAACACAACAGGAUACAGCUGGUGUUCCAAGGUUUCGCUCUAGAGGAAGACUUUGACCUGCUGUCUGUCUACGACGGUCCGCCCAGCCCGGGGAACCUUAGGACCAGGUUGACGGGGUUCCAGCUGCCGUCGCCCAUAGUGAGCACAGGACCCAUUCUCACACUGUGGCUGCUGACAGACUACGCUGUCAGUGGACAAGGCUUCAAGGCCGUCUUUGAAGAUCAGCUGUCAGAGGAGAACGGACUCUAUGACAGCAACCUCAUAGACGAGGAGAACUAG